UCUCCUUUAUCAUUAAUAUUAGGACCACCAAAAACAGGUAAGAGUUUUAUGUUACGAGUGCAACUAUUGUAUAUUAAUUAGUGAAAGCAAUGGAAAAAUAGAAGUAAAGAGGAUAGAUAUUAAUGUGUGCAUCAAGUAAAAUUAUUUUUGAUUAAUUGGCAGAAUGGCUGAAAAAAUGAAUAAAACAGGUGUUAAGGUGGUUAGAGUAUGUAGUAAGACAAGGGAGAAUUGGGUCACAAAUGAUUAAAUUACUAUAUUUAGAUUUGGUUUAAUAAUUAUAGGGAAUGCAAGAGUAUUAAACAAAGUAUAUAUAUGUAAUUAUUAUAGGAUAAUCUUUGGAAUAAUAUUUUAAAUCUUUAGAUUUAUUGAUAUACGCUUCAUUACCUAAUCUGAAACCUUAUUAAAUGAAAUUUAGAUAACCUUAAAAUUUUUUUCCUAAAAGACGUAAUAAUACUUUGAAUGCUAUUAAGUGAUAAGAGUGUAUAUUCAUAUAUAAUUAGAUAAUCUUAAUUAAUUUGAUCAGAAUUUAAUUUUAUACCUGAUACAUAAGUAUUUAUUAAAGUUGCUGAUUAAAAUGAAAAAGAAAGAAUUAAUAUUCAAAGGAGAUAUAAUAAAUAUUGGAUAAUAUUCUUCACCAAUAAUGUUAAUUGGAACAUUUUAGAAUGAUUUAUAAUUAGAUAUUUGA